CAGAAAAGCCGUAAAGGGUGAUAUGAGCUUUUGUGAGUUGUGAGUGUUGAGCCGAGUAAGUACGUCUUUCUCUUUCCGAAGCGAGUAAACACUCACUGAGAUAUACAGCGAGAGGAUGGCUCCAGAGUGUAAGGUAUGCCGCUCCAACUACUCGCAGGGUCCGAAGGCCCCGGUUGCUCUCUCCUGCGGCCACAGCACCUGCAGAGAGUGCCUCGAACAUAUCUACAACGACGCCCGGCAGCUCAAGUGUCCUACGUGUCGGGUCGUCCACACAGGAGCGCCUCUGAAGGAUCUGAAGGAUAAUUUCGAUCUCUUGGGCGAAGCCACGAUAGAACAGCCGGGGGCACAGACGGAGAAUCAGAACGCAGCGAAUCAGACGACUAGGAUACGGGUCAUCGUCAAGGACCUGACAGACAAACAGUUCAUCAUCACGGUCGAUCCGAUGGACACUUUCUUGCGCGUGAAGGAGACCCUCCACGCCCAGUACGGCCUCGCUCCCGAAAACAUCAGACUUCUGUACAGAGGACAGCGACUGCAGGACGACAAGACGCCAAGCUCGUAUAACAUCGUCGACGGCACGGUCAUCCAGAUGGCGACCAAGUACGAGGGAGGGGCGGCGCGCGAGGACCUCUCCGCCUCUGCUGACGGCGAGGCAUGAGUUUAUAUGCAGUGUCUCUUUCUGUGUCUGUCUGUCUGUCUCUCUUUCUCGCUGUGUCUCUGAUUCUGCCUUUCUCUUUCUCCCUCUCUGUCGCUGAGUAUCUGUCCGUCUCUCUGUGUUUUUUCUUCUCUCUCUCUCUCU